AUGAAUUAUCCCAAGAACGAGAAGACUGCAAUUGGAGAACCCGAUUCAGUUCAGAAUGGAUAUUCAGUUGGAGAAGGGGAAGAUAUUCUUGCAUUGCAGGACACCGACCCCGCGCUCAAUGCCAAAAUGUUUCUCGUGAACAAUGCUAUUGAUGAAAUAGGAUGGACUAAUUACCAUUGGAAGCUUUUUGUACUCAAUGGGUUCGGAUACUGCGUCGAUUCCUUACUCCUCCUUCUCCAAUCAAUAAUCGCCAUACCCGCUAGGUACGAAUUCAAUCCAUCCUACCCCCAUGCGCUCACCAUCGCGGUAUAUGUUGGCAUGCUCAUCGGUGCUUUAUUCUGGGGGGUGAGCGGUGAUAUUAUUGGCCGACGAUUCGCUUUCAACGUAUCACUCUUCCUCUGCUCAGCUUUCACAAUUGUCGCCGGGGCUGCGCCGAAUUGGGUAUCUUUGGCUGUCUUCAUAGCUCUUUUAGGCUUCGGGGGUGGAGGAAAUUUGAUUCUAGAUACAACCGUGUUUAUUGAGUAUUUGCCCUCAAAGAAGCAAUGGGUCCUAACUUGGCUUGCUGCCUGGUGGGGAUUGGGACAAUCGAUUGCAGGAUUCCUUGCUUGGGGCUAUCUGACACAAGCAAGGUGGAAUUGCCCGGAUCCAUUCGACAAAAACGGAGCCCUCGUGGGAGUAUGCCCGUAUAGCAGUAAUAAGGGAUGGAGAUACCUGAUGUACACCAGUGGAGCCUUGGUGUUUUUCAUGAGCAUUGCAAGAAUAACUAUCAUCCGUCUAAAGGAGACACCGAAGUUCCUUCUGGGAGAGGGCAAGGAGGAGCAGCUUGUCCAGGGUUUCCAAGACAUGGCGAAGAAGUAUGGUCGUACGUGCUCAUUGACUGUUGAGCAGCUGGAAGCUUGUGGUGUGAUUCGAUCCGCGCACGGGAAGUCGAAACUCUCACUUGGAGAGCUGACGAUCCAUUUCCGAGGCUUGUUCGCUACGAAGAAGAUGGGGUUCUCCACGUCUUUGGUCUGGUUCUCCUGGACGCUCAUUGGUCUUGCUUACCCGCUGUUCUACGUCUUUUUGGGCUCUUACCUUGCGUCUCGUGGCGCUGACUUUGGCUCUCCAUCGCCGUCCAUCACUUGGAGAAACUAUGCGUUGGUUAACAUCAGUUCGAUACCCGGCCCUAUGCUAGCUGGCUGGAUGUGUAAUACGAAGAUCCUGGGUCGAAAAUACACCAUGGUUAUCGGGGCUUUGUGCUCAAUGGCUUUCUUUUUCGCCUACACGCAAGUACGAAACGAAUCGCAAAAUCUUGGAUUUAGUUGCGCAAUCGCCUUCUUCACUGAUGUUUACUAUGGAUGCUUGUAUGCCUACACGCCUGAGGUCUUGCCGUCCGCUCAUCGUGCAACCGGCAAUGGUGUUGCGGUUGCUUGCAAUCGAGUUAUGGGCAUCAUUUCAGCAAUUAUUGCUACAUACGCCAACACGGAUACUGCGGUUCCGAUUUACGUCUGUGCUGCGCUAUUCCUCGUGAUGGCAAUUGUUUCUGCGUCUUUCCCAUUCGAGCCGUACGGAAAGAGAAGCUCUUAAGGAGGUGGGAGUUUGAUUUCGGAGUGAACAGAUAACGGCCCAGAUGUUCGAAUUUUUUUGGGGAUACCAACUGGCUUGAACGUGACUCGUUCAACAUGAGACAUAAAGCGUGAGAAAUUAAUGAUAAAAAUCAACUUUUUACACGAUUUUGUACGGACC